UUUCCAGUCGCGUCCAGCGCUCUGUAGGACGCACAAGCGAGCAGCUGAGCAGCGUUUUCCCUCUCAGAGGAAGAUUAGACAGAGCUGCUGUUCAGUCACAAUCUCCACUCUCUGUGUUUGCACACUUUGGCUUAGUUUGGCUCCGUUUGGCUCCGUUUUUACACGUUAUUUAACAUUUUGUGUACCGAAGCUGUUUUUGUGGACGAGAUGUUGGAGAUGGUCGCUUCGCAAAAAUGAACACAGACUGCACCAAGCCUUCUGUUGCUCCAAAGCCAAGAUUUGUUUGUCACGCCAGCCUGAGGCUGCCCUCCCCUCUCAUGUCUGCAGCCAGGGGUCCCAAACCUUCUAUCGCCCCAAAACCUAAAGUUGCACCACCGGAGCUUAACGGCAACCAGGGAGGAUGCAUCAAUGGCGGCUCGCUGAGUUCAGAUGGCGAGGUCGAUGAGGAGCAUGAGAACGGUCUAGACAAAGCGGCUGUGGACAGGUCGCCAGCAGAGAAACAAUUUAACGCCUACAUCCUCAAAUUACCAGAAAGAGAUGUUCAGGGGGCGGAGGAGGAAAAGGAAGAGGAAGAAGACAUGAUUCAGAAGAUGGACGAGGACUGGAGGUUAACUGACAGCGCACUAACAGAGGAGGUGGACUCCCUGGAAACACUUUGGGUCAGUGAUGCUGGACUCACAGCUGACUCCGAGGACGUGGUGGAGAUGAUUGACACGGAUGUGACGGAGGACAUGGACGCCGAAGGAUGUGACGCAGGGGAGGCGCUGGCCGACACAGACGGCCUCUCAAUGGGAGACAUUUCUGUUAAUAGCAUUGAUGAGGAGGCCGGCUGCUGCUCUGCUGAAAAUCAUGACCUGAGGGAGAGACAGGAGAAGCUGCAGUUCAGGGAGGACGAAACAGCAGACGAUUUAACGGAGUCCCUCACAGACGAACCUCUCCUCAGCAAUGCAAACAAGAAGGACACUGAUGAACAAGUUUUUCAAACAAAUGGAGAGGAGAAAGAGGAGGAAAGUGAUUGUAACAUCACUUGUGACAUCCUAAAGUUUCGAUGUGGCCAUACAAUACAGGAAAAGGACAAAAACCUACAGAACAUUUGCUUUCAUGACUUUAUCCCUGAAGACCAGAAGCAGAUCUUUGAUGAAACUAAGAAACAUGUUCCUGUUGAGGAUGAUCCAACUCAUGAGCCUUAUUAUGUCUCUUCAGAGGAUAUUAUUAACAGAGAGAUGAUGCCAAGGAAUAACAAAAUUAAUGGAGUAACACAGAAUCCACUUUCAUCUGAAAACAGCAGUGGAAUAUCAGCUGAGACAUAUGAGGAAACAGCAGAAAAAGGACAAACACAGUGUAUGCUCUCUGAGAAUUACGUGGAGGUUGGCAGAAGUCUUGAGCUCAGCAGCUACAACAUCGAUGAAAACAAGGGGAGGACAUAUCAGAAAAGGACUGAAGAACCCACAGUUCGGACAGCUGAGGCCUUUCUCGAUCAUGUGGAUUGCCAGCCGAGGUUCAGGCUGGUGUCCAUCUCAGUGCCAACGGACACCGACACCUCGCUGACGUCUUCUCUCUCGGAGAGCCAGCUGCUUUCCCCGAGUGACUCCGAUGUCUUUGAAGAAGACCUGGAGGGUCACAUAGUGCCGUUUCUGGACGACACCACCGACACGGAGCAGGACAUCAGUGAUGAGCAUGUCUACGAGGAUCCAGGGCACAGCUCAGAGGGCGUAAAUGUUUUUCCUUUCCAUAAGAUGACAGCAGAGGUGCGCUCCUGCUCAAUGUCUCAACGCAUUAAUAAUAACCUGGCUGAGUUUGUUCAGAAGCCCUACAUGAGUGGAUUUGGACAACCUGCACUGAGCAGCAGCCCCAUGUUGAACUCAACGCGGCACAAGACCUACAGCAAACCCAAUUAUUUGGCUCUGUACCCGCGCUCGCUCUCCAUGGAGGGACAGGACAUGCCUCUGGGUGUCUACAGCUACAGGGAUGGAUCACCAAGACAGGGAGGAGCCAUUUGUUCAUCUGGAAGCUUCUCACGGUGCUCGCCUCUGUCCUCCAGCGGCUUGUCCACUCCGACAUCCGUGGUGGAUAUCCCUCCUCCGUUUCAGCUGGCCUACAUCACCAAGAGGCCCAUCACAAAGAGUUCCCCCUCGCUUUUCACCGAAGUAGACUCAGCAGAGAAAAACAGAAAAAAGAAAUCCUCCAUUAAGCGUUUCCUGAUGCUAAAAUUUAGGCGGAAAACGGAGAGCAAACCUGUGGUUGAUGUCAACCCAUCCUUGUUUAAGCCCUCAGCAGAGUCCAGCCACCACACACCCAGCAGACUGCUGGAUCUAGAUAGACGCAGCAUCAGUAGCUCUCCACAGCUCCACUCACGCUCUGCUAGUAAACCCCACGGUUCAUCCGAGCCAGCCUCUGCCUUCUUGCUCUACCAGGAAAGCAAAAGAAAAGGGAACUCCGUGGCUUUUCUUAACCGCAGCGUCAUCCGGGUGGAGUCCUUUGAGGACCGCUCCCGUGUGCCUUUCACACCUCUGCCUAUGACCAAGCCUCGCUCCAUCUCCUUCCCCAACACAGAUACCUCAGACUACGAGAAUGUUCCCGCCAUCAGCUCGGAUUACGAGAACCUUCAGGUCCCACAGAGGAGGCCUGUCCGGCAGGUGCCCUACACAGAGUUCUUUGACCGUCCCAGUCGGAUGCUGUCCUCUGCCAACGACACCGAUGGUUAUGUAGACAUGAGCAGCCUCCCCGGGUUCAAGAAUAAAACUCAGUCAACUGAACAGGAAACAGAAAGUGCCUACACCGAAGCCUACAAUGUGUGUUCGCUGGCUGUUGCUCCACAGAACAUCUCAGUCUGUGACGGAGAGACAGCGGGUGAGGAAGACCAAGGACGCACCUCUGAGGAGGAAGACGGAGGUGCAGAUAGCAUUUAUGAUAAACAGCCUGAUGGCCGAUCCAGAGCCUUUUACGUUGCAAAAGAGCUGGUGGACACGGAGAGAUUACACGUGAAAACCCUCAAGCUCCUCCAGGAGGACUUCCGGGAAGCGGUGGCGGCAGCAGUCGGGGACGAGGGGGAACCCGUGUUGGAUGAAGACAGACUUCGAGAGAUUCUCAACGAGCUGCCUGAUGUGUACACCCUGCACCGCCGAAUUCUCACCGAGCUGGAGAAUCGAAUCCGGAACUGGGAUGAGAGUCAGAGGAUUGCAGACAUCUUUCUAUCCAGAAAAGCAGAGUUCCUGGUUUUCACCACUUAUAUUGGCCACUACGAUCGAAGUAUGAAUCUGCUGGACGACAGCUGCCGAACUUCACCGGCCUUUGCAGCCGUUGUUCACCAGUUUGAGCAGCAGAGUCCAGCUGGUGAUAAAGUGUCUCUGAAACAUCAGCUGCUGCAGGUCAUUGUGCGUGUGGCUCAGUACCGCAUGCUCCUCACAGAUUACCUGAACAACCUCUCCCCCGAUUCCAAGGAAUAUGAAGACACCCAAGCUGCUGUGGCUGUAGUGUCUGACAUUGCAGAUCAAGCAAAUGACAGCUUAAAACAUGGGGAGAACUUGUUGCGUCUGGUCAACAUAGAGUACAGUGUUCGUGGCCAGCGGGACCUUCUGCAGCCUGGCAGGGUCUUUGUGAAGGAGGGCACCCUGAUGAAGGUCAGCAGGAAGAGCAGACAGCCCCGCCAUCUGUUUUUGAUGAACGAUGUGCUGCUCUACACCUACCCUCAGCAGAACGGGAAGUACAGACUGAAGAACACUCUGCCCCUCACUGACUUGAAGGUCAGUAAACCCAUCGUGGAAAAUGUUCAAAACGCACUGAGGAUCGAGGGAACAGACAUCUCCAUCACUUUGUCUGCAAGUUCCUUCAUUGAACGAGAGGACUGGUUUUACACUCUAAGCCGCACUGUCACUGAACACGCCAGAGGAUCUGUAACAUUCAACAGCUGCUCAGGAGAGGCCAGAGAUCGCCUGCAGCUGACUCUCGGAGAGAAAGCCCCCACGCUUGUUCCAGUCUCACAAGUGAUGAUGUGCAUGAACUGCACCUCAGAUUUCAGCCUCACUCUCCGAAGACACCACUGCCAUGGCUGCGGAAGAAUUGUUUGUCGGAGCUGCUCCAGGAACAGAUAUCCCCUGAAAUACAUGAAAGACCGCAUGGCCAAAGUGUGUGACCACUGUUACAGCGAGCUGAAGAAGAGAGGGGGAGACGUCUCUGUGCUGUCAGGUAAGAGUAGCCCUCGUCCCAGCCGCUCCAGUCGUCCUCUCUCUGCUGUGUUCCAAAACAUUCAUCCUCCCAACAUCUGGAGACAUCGGAAAGGCACUGCCACCUUCACUCAGGUGACAGUGUCGGAGGAAGGCUCCAUUAGUGGCACUCUGCAGCGCAGUAAGAAGAGCAAGAGGAACUGGAAGAGACUGUGGUUCCUCCUAAGAGACAAGGUGCUUUACACCUACCGAGCCCAAGAGGAGAAAGUAGCAUCCGAGAGUUUACCUCUGCUGGGUUUCACAGUGAAGCUACCCGACAAGCAGGGGGGAGAGGAGGAGGCCAACAUCUUCCAGCUUUACCACAAAAACACUCUAUAUUACUCCUUUAAAGCUGAGGACAACUUCACAGCCCAGAGGUGGGUUAACGCCAUGGAGGAAGCCACAGUUUUAUAGGAUCAGCCACUUGAGGUUGGCUGCCCAAAAUAGAAGCCUGCUGCCUUUCCUUCUAAUACAAACAGACUGUGAAACCAAAAGUGGAAUGAUGGAGAGUGAAAGAAAAAAAAGAGAUAUUUGAUUAUGUCUGCAAGUGUCUGGUUGGACUGAACAAAAGAAGACAUCCUGUUCUUUGAGAGGGGACACGAUUACCUACUUUGUCGACCUCCAGUGUCCCCUGCCUGCUGUUACAGCAGGUGUGGUGCUGAGAGCUGCACGAGGAGAGGCGUUGGCCCAGAUACCUGUCAGUGUGGAACAUUACAUUGAUGUGACCUGUAUUUCCCCCAACAGCUGAUCAGCAAACUUCCUCCAAAUCACGGGGAACAUUACAGAUUUAUUUAGAGAAAAAGAAAGAAAGGGUUGAUGAUUUAAACUAUUUUUUCAGGGUAUCAAAUAUUUCAAGUACAACAUUAAGACAAAACUGGACAAACUUAUACUUAAACCACAAUGAUUUUACUGUCAUUUUCACAGAGGCUGAAAAAAUAGUAACACAUUUCAGCCUCAGUCAAAAAAAUGCCCAAAUCUGGAAUGGCCUGAUCGUCAGUAAAAGCUGAAUUAGUUAUGCCUUCAUUUCAAUACGUGUUCUUCCACCGGAUUCAAUCUAUGACUAAUACUCUGAAGGAAAGGCUGUAUCAAAGAAUGAGUAAUUUUAUAUGUAUGGAAGUGUCUGUAGCUUUGCCAUGCACUGUACUGAUGGAAAUGGUCCUGCCAGUAAAUAGACAGUUUCUAUGCUUUUUUUUUUGCACUGAUAUAAAAAGGAAUGAACCUGAGAAAGAAAUAUGAGUGUAUUUUUAUCGUAGAGGCCAGAAGCUGCAGCUACUGAACUUACUUUAUUUACUUACCGUAAUUUUUUUUUAAUAUGGCCAAUUUAUUGUUUUAAAUACUUUAAAUAAGUAUGUAAAUUCUUAUUUGUAUAAAGACUCCACAUCCAGCUAUGGAUUGAACCAUGAAUCACUUGAUCUGCAUAAUCAGUGUGUUGGACUUUGUACUGUAACUGCUGAUUUUUUCAGUUUUUAAUUUCUAACAGUAUUAUUUUUAAAUCAAGUAAAGGAGGCUUUAAACUAUGGAA